AUGGCACGCAAGUCCAUCCUUGCGGUGAACGCUGGCUCCUCCUCUGUUAAAAUUACAUUCUACACCUUCGAACAGUCGCCAAAAGUAAUCGCUAAUGCCCAGAUAUCUGGGAUAACAGCUCCUCCACCGACGCUGAAAUGCUCCUGUGGUUCCACACAGCAUAAGGAAGAGCUCAAGGAGACGCUAGCCACUCCUCAGGAUGCGUUCGAAUACCUCAUACAGCGCUGUCUCUCGGACCACGGACUGUCUGAAGUUACCAGCAGUGAAGACCUGGCGUAUAUUUGCCAUCGGGUUGUCCACGGUGGAGACUAUAACUCUGAUGUCGUGAUGGACGACGAAACAUAUCAUCAUUUGGAAGAACUCGAGGACCUCGCACCUUUACAUAAUUUCUCAGCAUUGGAAAUAAUCCGCACAUGUCGAAAGGAUUUCCCUUCGGUGAAGGGCAUCACUUUCUUCGACACGGCUUUUCAUCAAACCCUCCCCGACUAUGUCAAGACGUAUCCUAUCAAUCAGGAAGUGGCGAAGACAAAUAAACUCCGCAAAUAUGGAUUCCACGGGAUUAGUUACUCCUUCAUUCUGCGCUCUGUGGCUGAAUUCCUCAAUAAACCUAGAGAACAGACUAAUCUGAUCGCGCUGCAUAUUGGAAGUGGCGCUUCGGCCGAAGAAAUCCUGAACAAGAAGUCAGGUUGGAAAGCCCUUACUGGAACGACUGAUUUUUCACGAAUUGCUGUCGAAACCCCUCCGAGUGCCGAGCAUAGGCUUGCUUUUGACGUACUCGUCGACCGCAUCCUGGGCUACAUGGGAAGCUAUUUCGUGAAGCUGGGCGGGAAGGUCGACGCGGUGGUAUUCGCCGGUGGAAUCGGUGAGAAAAGCGCCUUGCUGAGGAGGACCGUGAUUGAGAAAUGUGCCUGUCUCAGCUUUGCCAUCGACUCUUCGGCGAAUGAUAAAGGACCAGCCGAUGAUCAGAUAGUUACAAACAUAUCGAAGGGAACCGGCAAUGGACCGCAGAUAUUGGUUUGCCAGACCGACGAACAGUACGAAAUGGCGUACAAGUGCAUCACAAAGUACGGACCGGGCUCGAGCUCAUAA